CUUCCUUUCAUGCUAGAUUUUUAAAUAUUCGCAAAUGUUUUUUCUGAUGAUUUGCGAAUAAUCAUUUCUUACCAAAAAUAACUGAAUAUUCUUACAAUGCUUUUACGAAAAGCAUACUACGAAGGCGAGAGGUUUUCAUUUUGCGCGCUUUUUUUAUUCACUUCUACAAAUAAUUUUUCGAGAAACCCCGCAGCGCUUUGAACUAAAUGGAUUGAUUCCAUUUUUCUUUUUUUUUUUUUUUUGUAGUUAAACGUGUGUCUUGUUUCAGAUAGAUGGAGAAAAAUCAUCGAUUCAAUAGUCAAACUGGAAAACACCGAAAAGAAAAUAAACCAAAUGGAUAAAAUAAACGUAAGUGUAACAAUUAACAUGGAAAAUUCAUCUUUGGAAUCUAACGAUGAAUCCUCAGUGCACACAGAUGAAAUUGCACACAGACCAAAAUACAAGAUUCUUGAAGAAAUCGGUCGAGGUGGUUUUGGACGAAUCUAUAAAGUUUAUAAUAGACACAAUGACGGCAUGUACGCUUUGAAACGACUCUGCUUUGAAGGAGAAUUCCAAGAUAACAAAUACAUCAGUGCGGAGGUAUACUGCCUCUCGAAGUUUAAACACCCGAAUAUAAUCAUCCUAGAAGAAUUUAUCCUUAAACCUAACCGUUUAUAUAUAAUUAUGGAGUAUGCUGAAUAUGGUAAUAUUGAACAGUAUGUAACGAGUAACCAUAAAAUUUCCACAUCCGACAUCAUGCAAUUUUUUAGCCAAUUAACAUCUGCAGUACAUUACAGUCAUUCUCAAAAUAUUGCCCAUCGAGAUAUAACUCCCAGCAAUAUAUUGUUAACUUCAAAAUUCGACACCAAGCUGGCUGAUUGGGGAUUAGCAACCCCUUGUGGUGUUGAUAGAAGCAAUCCAAUUCUAAGCGAUGACUAUUUGGGAGAUUAUCGAUAUCAAGCACCAGAAGUUAUCCGUUGUACUCCUUUUGAUCCCUUGCCCACGGAUAUCUGGAGCCUUGGAAGUAUAUUAUAUUUUAUGUUAACUUGUAACCCACCAUUUGAAGGGAGUGAAACAACCAUUCUUCACAACCAGACAAAUGUUGGUAUCAUUCUACCCGAAACAAUUGUCAACAGCAACGAUAAGCUAGAGAAUGCUAUUGUUAAGACAAUUAAAUCUUUGAUGGUUGUAGAUACAAACGAGAGACCCAUUAUAGAAACAGUUAGUAAAAGAGUAUCUUCCAUUAUCUCACGGCUCGAAUAGUGAUAAAAUUACAAUUUUCUGAAGUAUUACAUUAAUUGUUGAAGUGCAUAUUUACAAUAUUAUACCUACACUGUGUUUCGAUCACUCUGAUCUCUGAUCGUCAUCAGGCGUUGAAUUUCUGGAUGAAAUCAGGAAAUUAUAAACUUAUAAAGAACAAUUCCUCUCAGACAUUUACGUGAUACUUGAUGCCGUUUGAUUUAUUCCUAUUAACAGAAUUUGGUUUUAUUUCAAAACGUAUUAACAGAUGACUAACAUUUUUUUAAUUUCAUUAUAUUCAAUGAAAAAUUCAAAAGAAAACUGAAUUUGAAAAUAACCAGAAUAUACUUACAAAAUUGUAAAAUUUGAUUUAUCAUACAUAUAUGGAUGUGGGACAGCAUAUUUUGUUGAGAUUUAUUAUUUUUGUAUGAUAAUCCCUCCCCCCU